CAAUUUGAGGACUUUUAAUUUCAAGCGAAAUUUUAAAAAGGGAGCCUGUACAAGGAUAGAAGAAACAUUGAUAACAAGAACGAAGGAACUGUGCGGGAUAGAAGAUGCUGAAUUUUGGAUGUUUUGUUUUUAUUGCAAUCUUACUCCAAUUUGUGUGCUGUUUACCUGGGAAAACUGUCCAGUCUAACGGAAGACAUGUCUGCACGUAUAAAACUGGUAGAAUAGAAAUGGUACCCACGCGACAGACUUACAGAAGGCCAUUUCACAAUCCUCGACUGUGCUCGAAUAAUGAUACCUGUGUCAACUCCACAAGGGUGUACAUGAGGAUAGCCUAUCGCACGGUGUUUUAUAAAAGAGUGGUGCAAGGUGAACAUAAACGGUGUUGUCCAGGGUGGACGAAGAAAAACCCGCGAGACCUGGCUUGUUUGGCACCAAUAUGCAGAUAUGGAUGUAAAAACGGCGGAAUCUGUGUGGGCCCAAACGAAUGUGAAUGUCCCCCAUAUUACACAGGUCAUCGAUGUGAAAAAGAUGUAGACGAAUGUUUAACUGGAAGAAGUAGCUGCCAACAGAUCUGUAAAAAUACCAUUGGGGGAUACGAAUGUGGCUGCUUCCAUGGGUUUAAAUCACUAAAUAAAUACAAGUGUGAAUUUUGUCCUUUGUGCUUACCACCUAUAGAGGAAAUGAUGAAUAAAAUCACUGAUUUACAAGGACAGCUUAACAAAGUAGAAAAAGAGAAAGAUGAGAUGCGUGGUAAUUUUUCUGUUCUGGAGGGAUAUUAUAAUGAUGCCAUCACCCAAGUAGAGGAAUUAAAAUCUGCUUCGUCAUCGACCACCGUACCACCGCGCACUACAACAGAUGACCUGUAUGACUUCGACAUUAUUUCCUCUCUCAGUGAUCAGAUUUCUCAGUUAGAGGAGAGAAUUGGGUCGUGUGACUGUGGCAAUUCAGGAAGGAGGUCGAGAUAUAGAUACGGUGGCUGAUGGUUAUAUGGUUAUCUUAAUGCCUUAAUACAGAGUUUGUCAUAUAAAAGGCAGUGGAACUAAACACGAGCAAGUACAUGUACCUGUUCCCACUACAUUUUGGUUGACUUUUGAUUUUCUUUUUGACUUGAAAAAAAAGUCUUACAGGAAUCAAGGCUUAUAAAUUAAAAUAGAUAUUACUACGCAUUUUAAAGAGACUUUAGAACUUUUUUUUCUGUUUCAAAUCAUGUUAUUUAUGAGACUUCUAAAAUAUGUGUCCUUGACAAACAGAUUUUUUUCUGUUCAGGUUAACACCGCUACUUUGAAGUAAAAUUUCAGGAGGAUGUCUUUAUGUGUUAUUCUGAUGAAUGGUAUUAAAAUAUAUCCAGAUUAUCUAUAUGUAUAGUGCUGCAUUUAUAUCCUGGUUAAUAAUGUGUCAUACUAAGCAAGAAAUAUAGUGUAUUACAAAUCACAAGCAAGUCUGGAUAUAUACACUAGUAUUAACUAUUUAUUUAAUUAGGUUUCAUUUUUGUUGUAUUUUGAACCCAUGCAUUGAGUACCAUAAAUCAAUUAACAAAUGUAUAUUGCUUUUAGUUUUUAAUUUGAUAUAAUAUAUACAAGAUUUUGCAAUUGAAUUAAACAUAAAUUUUAUUUAAAAAUAUAAAAA